GAGGCAUAGCUAAUGUGUUGAUCAAUGCUUAACAAUUUAUUUGGGUCUACAUCAGUCAAUUGGCUAUCUGGGCUGGCUUUCCGGUAAUGUGAGGUCAUGGUUGGUGGUCCUAGACUGUGAGUCAUUUACUGGCGGGAGGUUACAGCUGCUCAUGCUAAUGAUAGAGGCGGGACUUCGAUGCAGCCUUCUUAUUUACCCUGAAAUGUUAUUAAGCAGUUUGCAACGGUGCCGUUCAACAUCUUUUCAGAUACUGCGGUUGAACAUGUUAUUAAUUUUUUACACACUCUUGUUAUGCCUUUUACGGGGUCCACUAGUUAGUAGCACACGGAAUCAGAACUAUGAUAUAGUGAGGCCGUAUAGACUAAGUGUUCGCGUCAGAAGAAACAUUUUCACAAAACAGGUGUAUCCUGAUGAAAUACGAUAUGCAUUAACCAUUGAUGGAAGUAACCACACUAUCCAUCUGGAAAGAAAUAGGAAUCUUAUUGGUAAGGAUUAUGUUGAAACAUAUUAUUCAGAAGACGGAAGCAGGAUGACAACAUCACCAAAUUCCGAGGACCACUGCUAUUAUCAUGGUCACAUACAAGGUGUUGAGGAUUCAUCUGUAAAUGUUGGAAUCUGUGCAGGCAUUAGUGGCUCUGUGAGACUGAGGCAGCAGGUCUACCUGAUUGAACCACUGGAACACAGUGCCGAUGGCGAUCAUGCCCUUUAUAAGCAAGAGCACCUACAAACCAACAGCAGCAGCUGUGGCCUCAUUAACAGCACCACAUUCUAUGACCAUGACCACAAUGACCCUAACCUCAACCCAAACUAUACCCACUAUGACCAUGACCAGACUCCCGUAGUCGCUGGCCUCUUUAAAUCCAGACUAUGGAAAACACAAUCUAUCCUCAGCCAAUUAUCAAGAGAAUCUCCGAGAAUUAUCGAGUUGUACUUAGUGGUUGACAACGCAGAGUACAAACUAUAUGGAGAUCAAACAACAGCGCGAAUGAUGGAAAUAGUUAAUCAUGUUGACAAGUUAUAUCGGUCACUGAACAUUCGGGUCAUGCUGGUGGGCAUGGAGAUUUGGACUAACAAGGACCUUAUAGAUAUCGACAGAGACUCAGACAAGACCCUUGAUAGAUUCAUUUUGUGGCGAAAGAAGGAUCUUCUGAAGAGGGUAAAGCAUGACAACGCACAGUUAGUGACUGGCAUAGAUUUUCAAGGUGAUACUGUUGGGUUGGCAAACGUAUUCACUAUGUGCACUGAAAGCUCGGCUGGUAUCAAUCAGGACCAUCAAACGAAUUAUAUUGGUCUGGCCUCCACCAUGGCUCAUGAGAUAGGACACAAUCUUGGCAUGUCUCAUGAUUCCAAUGUUUGCAGUUGUGGAAUAUCCACUUACUGUGUAAUGGCAGAAAAGAUAAGGUCCAGCUACCCAGAGACCUUUAGUAGUUGUAGUCAGGAGAAGCUUAGAGACUUCCUGGAAAGAGCCCUGCCACGUUGCUUGUUGGAAAGACCCACUUCUGACAGACUAUUCAUGGGUGUUUCAUGUGGCAAUGCCUAUCUGGAUCAUGGAGAGGAGUGUGACUGUGGAACUGUGGAGGAAUGUAAGAACCCUUGCUGUGAUGCUGCAACCUGUCGCCUCACAAGGGGAAGCCUCUGUGCCCAUGGAACAUGCUGCGAGGACUGCCAGCUCAAACAGGCAGCCAGUGUGUGCAGGCCAUCUGCCAGCGAGUGUGAUCUCGCAGAGUACUGCACAGGAAUAUCAGAGCAUUGUCCCGGGGAUGACUUUCAGAUGAAUGGGACACCCUGUGACUACGGCCAGGGCUACUGCUAUGACGGCCACUGUCCGACGUAUCAGCUACACUGUCGGAGGCUGUUUGGACCAGCGGCUACGGUUGCAGAGGAUUUCUGCUUUGGCCUAAACAGCGAAGGCAAGGAAGGUGCCAACUGUGGAAAGAGCGUACAAGGUUCCUACAAGGGCUGUGCUAGACAGAAUCAGAAAUGUGGAUCUUUGUUUUGUGCCUCUAAUGAAGCUUCCAUCACAGGGAGAAAAAUAGUCUUUACAUUCCCUUUAAAGGGUCAGUGCUUAGUGGCAUUUGACGAAGACAAAACCAGAAACCUUGAUAUGGUGCCAACAGGAACCAAAUGUGGACCUUACAAGGUUUGCUAUGAAAAUAAAUGCCUCGAUGUCUCAGUAUAUGGCACGAAUGAGCAAUGUUCAAAAAAGUGCAACAACAAUGGGGUCUGUGACCAUAAGAAAGAAUGCCACUGCCACCCUGGCUGGGCUCCUCCCUUCUGUGAAGUCAGAUACUCUGACCUCCCUCAAGGCCAGGGUGUAUUCCAGGGUGUAGUGAUAGCAGGGAUCUUAACAGCAGCUAUCCUGUUGCUGAUAACUCUGGUUGUUGGAGGAUGGAUGUUUGGCAAAAAGUAUAAGAGAGGCAUCAUCUUCCAAAGAAAGAUGCACACAUCCCCAGGGCUGCUAAACCCUACAACUAAGGAGGGGACUGUCAAUGGCAGACCUCUCAAUAAACCUCAAAUCAGUCUGCCUACCUUUCUGGAGUCAUCUGCCACACAAGCCCGUAAACCUCAGAUUGUCAUGGUGCCACCCACCCACCCUCCUCCACAGCCACCAAAGAAAGUAGAGCAUUCUCCAACUCAUACAGACACAUAUAUUGCAAGGAAACCAAGUCCUCCUCCAGUGCCUCCAGUGAAGCCUUGUGUUCCUCCACUGCCUCCAGUGAAGCCUUGUGUUCCUCCACUGCCUCCAGUGAAGCCUCGUGUUCCUCCACUGCCUCAAGUGAAGCCUUGUGGUCCUCCACUGCCUCCGCAGGCUUGAGGAGGAGGACACAGGGAUAACAUGGUGAUUCAUGGAACAAAGGAUGAUUAAUAUUACACUAGUAGAUCCUGGAUGACUUUUGCAAUAAGUAAUGUCUUGAAAAUGUCCUUGAUGACCCUGGACGAGGAUGUCUCACAAUAUGCAUCCUAAAUACAGUAGAAAGGGUUUUUUCAGAAAGGCUGGUAAAUGUGUCAUGUACUGUUAAAAAAGAAUUUGUAUCACAGCAGGGUACUAUUAACAUGGAAAAUGUUACAGGUUAAGGAAAAAUAUUAGUUACGUUAUUAAAUUUUUUAUGUUUUUCUUUAACCAAAGCCAAGUGCCUUAUUUAAGAGAAUGUAUUUAUUGCAAGUUCAUUCUUGAAACCUGUUUACAAUUCAACUAAGGGGUACUUAGCUCAAAUGUAGAACUGCACUGCUCUAUCUACAUGUUCUUAUUUUUGUAUCUUUUCAUCAUUGAAUGCAUCCUUGUUUAGAUUACCCUGAGCCCAUGUCUUACAUUAGUUCCAAAUCAUCUAAAUUGCUUAAACUGUAGCUGCCAAGAUGCCUUGAGGCUGAUGUUGUUAAGAUACCGGAACAGUAACUGUGGUCAUGGGGUAGAUUGAAGAUCAUGUUUUGCUAAGUCAUUUUUUGAGGCGAUUUUGUUGUUGACAAUUGUAAUUUUUCUACUAAUCUACUAACGCAAAUAAAUUGGAGGCAUUGAUGGCACUGCAUUUCAAAUGUACUGAUCAGAGUAAAGAUGUAGACAGAUCAGGGGUCCCCCGUCCCAGGCUUAUGGCCCUUCCUUGGUAGUCAUGUGCAUGACAAUAAGGAAAGUAGUUGGAAAGUACAACAUGAGUCAGUGGUGUGCAUAGUGGAGACUCUCAGUAAUCAGUCAUCUGGGUCAGCCAGGCAGGAAAGCUAAGAUACAGAACUGAGGUGGUUUACAACAAGGUGGCAAGACUGCUCAGUGAGCUGUGAUGAUUCACUCUGAUUCACAAUACUUAAACCACACCUGGUUUUAACAGCAAGAGGUAGUUGAACAGGAUAACUGAGUCAUGGCUAAUUCACAGCAGGAUCGUUCAUUUGGAAACAAUGAAGAUUAGUUUCCUCCAGGAUCACAAUGACCCUUAUUGAGAGACUUGUUGCUCUUGUUGGUUAGUUGUAACUGAUCUAAAAUUCUUGUACUCGCUGUGAAAUAUUUUAAUGUUGCUUGCUUUUCUACAGGUACACUCUUGCACUUUUUGAGGUUCAUGUUGUUUAAUUGUAACUUGUUUAACUGCAUGCUCUUAUGGUUAUUCCCUUUGGCACUUAUUUGGUUUUUCACAAUGUAUGCUUCAUGUUUUGGCUACCCGCAAUGUUUGGGGUAUCUCGUUAUGAUCAGUGACCUAUGCACUUUUGUAAAGCUCUCUCUUGGAAGUCGCUUUGAAUAAAAGCGUCUGCUAAAUGAAUAAAUGUAAAUGUAAGAUCCUAGUAGACAACUUUC